AUGGAUGACGCGGUUCAAACAGGACACGUGCUCCUUCUACACGUCCUUCGACAAGUCGUCACCGAUCGCCAGAAGAUGAUCGUCUUGAGUCGAGCGAUCCGCCAACGGGAUCUCCUCGACCUGUGCACACGAUAUGGCAUUCGACACGUCCCGGGCCAAAUUGUUGUUGUGGCAGAUCCACAAUUAUACUUGGACCGAGAGGAUGAACUUCCUGGCUGCUCGAAUUAUUUCCUGGACGAACUCUCGCUCUGCCAAGAAGCCUAUGGUCUCGAAACUCGGCCACUCGUCAGUCACAUACUCUCCUUAUGCCAACGAGCCAAACAAGCGUCUGAAGGCGAUUCUAAAUGGAACGUGUUCGUGUCGACAGGCGCCCCUUGCCCAGCUUUCCGAAUUCUCGCCGCCAAUUCAGCUGUGGACUUGCGCGUCGAGGAUCACGCCGACAUACUGCGGGGCACGAAUUGCAAGGUGGCCGUAGAGACGCGGGAAUCUCAGCGAUUAUUGGCUUUUCGCGUAACGGAGCGCAAUAUAACCGUCGUA